AAAGACGAUGCCACGCCGUCGAAAUAACAUCGUGGAUGUUCUGACAGCUCUGUAGCGUUUGUCGUGUUUUUUGCCGGUACGUACGUAGUGCGAUCCGCUGGGUACGUGCGUGUUGCUUGUGUUGCGAACUGGCUAUUUCACUGCUUCGUGAUUGCUGCUUGCGCUUUCGAAGAGUGCUUCUGGAAACGUGGUGGUUAGUCGCGCAGUGCCGCUUGUGAGCUGAUCGAGCUUUCGUCGUGGUGUGACCAGUCGAAAGCAACCACGAAAUGUCGGCGCAGGAACCUUCGUCCAGACACUGCCCAUCACUGUCCAUGGCCGACGCCAGCCUGCCACAGGAUCCCGAAAGCGUCCGUUUGUCCAGCCCGCCACAGCCGCUUACCACUGGAGAAAUGUCCCGGGAGGACCGGGAACGACUGGUCCAGCAGCGCAUGGAGGAUAUGAGGCGUAAAAAUGAAGAACUGCUCCGACGCCAUGCAGAAAUUGAAGCAGACAAGAAGAAUGCCGACCUGCUCAGCAGUGCAGCCAUCAAAGACAAUUCCCUUCGUAAGCCACCAUCUGCAGAUUCUUCGAGCUUAACACAGGAGAAGGCUGAAAAAAAGCCCCCAAAGCCCAGGGAGCCACGGGAGCUUCGUGUUCGAGCGGUGCCGCCGCCUGUGGAGAGGGAUGCUUUGGCCCACCGAAUGCAAAGGCUCAGCACUGAGGAUGGUCCUCCACCUGAUCCAAACUACCGCUUCCUGGCUGACCGAAUGCGUGAGGGUGAUGCAGAUGGCGAUGGGGAUGCCAGUAGAGACCGUGGCAGCAGCCGUCGCCACCGGGACAAUUACGGAGGCCAGGACUUUGAGAACGUACGGCAUGCCAUGCGCCAAGAUAAAGCGCUGCAAAGGGAAGCUGGCCACGCCCUGCCUCCAAAGCUGGCCAUGACGGGACGACAGCGGCGAGAGUACGAGCAGUGGAAAAGUGACCGUGCUGCCAUUGACCAGGCGCGAAUGCAGCGCCACAUGGAUUCCGAGGGCAACUUCACACGCGAGUGGGACCUCCACAAGGACGAGCAGUUGGGGCCGCCAUCACCUCCAACUGAUCGUCGAGCGCCUCGAGGUGGAUGCACUCUGGAGAGCCGGAUGCGAGGAACUCCAAGUCCGCCACCUGAGGAGGAGAUCUGGUAACAGCAUUCAUAACCACUGUAGACUCUGUGUGGAGAUCUGGUAGGCGCCGGGGACCUGCCAAUGGCCUCUCGAAGGCACCGAUAUCUGUAUCUAGUCAGCUGUGUGUUAUCUGCUGUAUGUUACCAGUCAAUCAUAAAACAAUCUUCAUGCAUUAAUAUCCCAGUCAGUCUCAUCCUUGCACCCUUUUCCAAGGUGCUUGUUGUUCUGCAUGCAAUUUUGGCAUCUUUACCAAUGCCUUGUGUCGGUGCAGGACUGGACCAGUAUGCUUGAGUGAUCACUUUAGAGAUGAUGUCACUUCCACAAGACUUUGUGUGACUUUGCACCAGAUGCAUCGAAGUAUGAGGCUAACCGUGUUCCCAACAUUGUGCAAAGCUUGCCAUCUUACACGGUUCCGGGAACUCUGCUCUGAUGUUUGCCCUGUCGAUUCAUGAAAUUUCGAGAAAGUGACUGCUUCCCCGAAGUGAUCGCUUAAAAGUGCUGCCCUUGGUGCGCUGCAUGAGUGUGUGCAUGUUUUGGGCAGUCGUGCUUCAUUGCAUUGUGAUAGGAACAGAUGGAAUGUUGCCAGCAGCUGCCUUGGAAAAGCAAGAGCAUUACAUUCAGUGACACAGCAACUGUCAGGUUAAGGGUUACUCAAAUAUUAUGUAUAGGUUCAAAGCAAAGAAGCUAGCACAAUUUUAGUAAUCAUGUCAUUUUGUAGAGAAUGUGUUGUGCAAAAAUUACUUCAUGCACCAAGUCAUUCCAAGUCUUGCUACUUUUUCAUGUACUUUUGCUGUUCCCAUCGCUUGAAGUGUUGACAACAAUUAUGCCUCUGGAGAAACCCUCAUGGCAUUGAUUUUGUUUCAUCUUGCGCUGAUAUAGUUCUGCUGCACAUGAAUGUAUUAAUCCUACCUUAUCCUAAAUGUUCAUUCCAUUAAUUAUUUUAAUUUGACAUGUCCAAAAAGAAAAUACAGAGUUGCCAAAUAUUUUGUAUAGUUUUGAUGGUAUACUUAUAUUUUUUCUAUGCUGUGGAAUUUGUUUAUGUAGAAUAUCCCAUUUCUUUGUCUGAACAUUUACUUUAAAAAGCCUAAUUGUCAGUGCACCUACUUUUAGAAAAGUAGAUUGCCAGUAGGUUUAAUUUUUUUUGCUACCAUCCUUGACCUGAGUGUCAAGCUUUUAGAGUUUCUCGUUUCACCUGGAAUGUGUUUGUUGUUUCUUUAGUGAACAGUGGGAUUAGAAAGAUGGAGCAGGUCGGGUAGAUGUAGCGGCACGCCAGUGAGGAGUUAAGAAAAAAUGCAGUAAGAAUUAGAAUAGAGAAGGUAAAAUUCGUGACAUAAACAUGCAAGGUGGUCGCAAGCAGAAAAGAAAUGGCUGGAAAUUGAAAUGCAGCUGAAUGAUGAAGCUAUUAGUAUGUACGCCUUGACCGAAACAUAUCUACAAGGUUUGGAGCAGCCACUUGUUAUUAAUAAUUUUGUGCAGGAAGGGUGCAACAGAAUGACUGGGUCAAGGAAAGCGUAAGUGUAGGCAAGCUAAUUAGGUGAGGAAUAAAGUGGCAAAGGGUAAAAGAGACAUGUAAGCAACAUUUAUGGAUUAGUGGCACGUUGUAAGGCAAAAUUACGGGGCUUGGUGUAGCUUACCUGCGGACAGGCAGUUGCGAUAAAAAUAAAGGAUUGACUGCGUUAGAAGUGAUAUUAAUGAGUUCAGGAAGUCAGACGAUGUGGUAUUAUAGACGGAUAUACUGAUUACAAUGGUUUGCUAGUGCUGGAUCUGUGGAAUGAACAGAAUGUAUAGUAAACAAGGAAAAUCAGUGUCACGGGCAGGUAAUGUGGCAAUGCAGAAACAGGCAGUCACAUAAGAAACGGUCUACGAAUGACUAGACCAAAUGAUGAUAGAUGAACAUGGAGAAGAUAGCCUGGGUAGUGAUCAUAAAGGUUUAACCUUAAAAUUUGUGAGGGAUAAUAGCAAAAAAAAAAUGAACCAAUAGCAUCAGAAUUUCUAAAAAUGAAUGAAAAGCAGAUAACAGAGAAAUAAAAAAAAAAUAGGGAAGGAAAUGGAGAUGCUUUCUACAACAGUCUGGAAAUAUAAGAAGCUGGUAGAAGUUAUGCAACAGCAGGACAUAACAGACAUGGCAAAAGAAAUUGUUGGAUUGGAAAGAGGGAGCCACGUAAGUGGUAGAACAAGGAAAUAAAGCAACCUAUGGAAGAGCGAAAGCAGGCAUCUAGGGAUCAUCGAGAAGCUAAAAAGUUGGGAUUACAUAAAGAAGAGGUGCUUCUUAGAUGGAACAAAUACCGGGAAAAGAAAAGGGUGGCAAGUGAGCUUGUGCAAGAGAAAAUUAAAUGCGCAAGCGAACAUUGGGUGCAUAACAUUUGCAAAAGAGACAAAGGCGCCCAAAAAAGUUUCUGGAACCAUAUAAGAGCACUCGGAGCUUCAAGAAAAAAUCGCAAGUGGCUAUAAGCGAUGAAGAUGGUAAAAUCUUCGAAGGAGACCAUGAACUGUGAUACAUCAGAGGCAUUAUUACUGAUAACUUCAGUACAAAAGAAAGCUUAAUUCAGACUCACACAGAUCUAGCAACAAUAGAGAGCCCUGAUAGAUCAAAAUUUAGCUCAGAAAGCUUUUAUUGGAGAAAAGCAGAAGAAAGGUUCCCUAAUAACAUGGCAGCAAUACCCGAUGCACUCCCAAAGCAGCUAAUCAAAAACCUUGGACCAAAAAGCAAGGCAAUGUUGACUAAUGCCCUACAGCAAGUGACUAAAACAAAGAAAAUACCGGUUGAAUGGCGUCAAAGAAAAGUGAACCUUAUCAACAAAGACAAAUGUGAUCGGGAUAGGACAAGCUCGUACAGGCCAGUUACAGCAAUGUUGGUGAUAUAUAAGAUGGCAAUGCAAGCCAUAAAAUUAGAGCUGUUGAAGUGAGUGGAGCAAAAUUAUCUAGUAGGAGAACUACAGAAUAUGUUCAGACCAGGCAGAUGCUUAGCGGAUAUAUGUUUUUACUAACUCAAUGCAGAGAUUUCAGUAGCUCAGAAUAGACCUUGAUGGAUAGCAUUUCUAGAUAUUAAGGUAGCCUACGACGACGUAGACAGGGAAUUGUUAUGGGAUAUUCUUAAGCACGAACGCAUAGAUGACGAUUUAGUGGAGCUGCUGAGGGAGGUAUAUAGAGACAACUGACUACAAAUCGUAUGGGAAGGCCGAAAAGGUAAUGAAGUGGUGGGAAUCCAACAAGGACUGAAUCAAAGAUGUCCUCUGUCUCCAUUGUUGUUCACGCCUUAUGUUAAGGGCAUAGAAAGAUGACUGGAAAACAGCGAAUUAGGGUUUGGUGUAUCCUACAUGCGUAAUGGACAAAUGGUGCUAGAAGCUCCCUGGACUGACGUAUGCGGACGGCAUAGUGCUUACUAGUGGACAAUGCAAGAGAUUUACAGAGACUGGUCAGUAUGUGUGGCAAUGCAGCGACAAAUCUAGGCCUUAAGUUUAGCACAAAGAAAUCGGGAAUUACGAUCCAUAAUGAAAAGUCUACUAAUUACAUGGUGUCAAUUUAACAGGGAGUAAUACCCAUAGUCAAGCAAUAUAUUUGUCAUCACCCCGUUUCAAAGGGGAUGCCAAUAAAUCAUCAUCAUGAUCAUCAUCACCAUUUAACAGUGUUACUGGAAAUAAAGUCUAUUUUUAAGGCUGU